AUUUUUUUAUGAUUAUAGUGCGUAUAAUACUAUACUUUAGUAAAUACAUUUUCAAUGAUAAUUAAAACUGAUUACUUUAAACAUUUAUUGUAAGAACACUUAAAAGGAUUUGUGGUCGAAAUGUACAUAAAAUCUCUUUGCUGGUUGAAUACUACAUGGAGUAGGAAAAUAUUUUUUUAUAACAAAAUAUUCAGGGUUAACAGAAUAGCACUCAAAUUUUACAGUACAGAACUUAAAUCGACGUGCAACAUUGGUACAAUUGGGCAUGUUGAUCAUGGAAAAACUACACUAACAGCAGCAAUCACCAAGGUUCUUGAAAAGGAUGGUCUAUCGCGAUUUGUAGCUUAUGAUGAAAUCGAUAAGGCUCCUCAAGAGAAAGCUAGAGGUAUAACUAUAAAUAUAGCUCAUGUAGGUUAUGAAACUGCAAAGCGUAAGUAUGCCCAUGUUGACUGUCCUGGCCAUGCUGAUUUUGUCAAAAACAUGAUCGUUGGAGCAUCUCAAAUAGAUUGUGCUAUUUUGGUAGUGGCUGCUACGGAUGGAUCAAUGCCCCAAACUCGAGAACAUUUGCUGUUGAUUAAACAAGUUGGAGUACAACAUGUGGUAGUAUUCAUAAAUAAAUGUGACAUAACAGAAAAUGAUGUUAUUGAACUUGUUGAACUAGAAAUACGAGAACUAUUGACCGAUUUUGGUUUUAAAGGACAUGAGGUUCCAUGCAUUUUUGGCUCAGCACUUCUUGCAUUAAAAGGUGACACAUCCGAACUUGGAGAACAAUCUAUAAGACAGUUAAUGGAUGUAAUUGACAAUAACAUACCAACUCCGAAACGAGACUAUACUUCUCCAUUUUUACUGCCUGUAGACAAUUGUUUACUAGUACCUGGCCGAGGGGCUGUUGUUAUAGGCACAUUAAAAAGAGGAACGGUGUGCAAAAAUGACAAAGUCGAGUUAUUAGGAUUUGAUGAAAAAAAAGCAACCAGUGUUGGGGAUAUCCAAGUGUUUAAUAAAUCAGUGGCAAGUGCUAAAGCGGGAGAAAAUGUUGGUAUACUGUUAAGAGGCCUAAAGCCUAGAUUAGUUCGUAAGGGUAUGAUAUUGUGCCCAAUUAAUACGUUGACACUGAACAAUCAUUAUAAAGCCACAAUUUAUUUUCUUUCACGUUCUGAGGGUGGACGAUCGAAACCGAUCACAUCAAAUUAUCAACAGCAGUUAUUCAGUCAUACGUGGAACAUUGUUUGCCGAAUUGAUCUGGAUUCUGCCGUAUCUAUGGUAAUGCCUGGAGAACAUGCUGAAGUUAUAAUAACUUUAUUGAAUAAAAUGAUUAUGGAUAUUGGACAACCAUUUACCGUACGAGAAAAUGGAAGAACAGUAGCUACUGGUAUUAUUAGUGAAAUUUUAUCAAAUGUAAAUGUAUCUAAAAACAAUUUAAGUAAGGUGCAGGCAGAAAGUUAAUAAAAGUGAUAAAAAAAUGUAGCAUCUAUUUGUAUAUUGUGUAAUUAAUAUUUUCCUAUAAUAUAGUACAUGUAUGCUGAUAAA